UUAUUAUGUCAUAAUCUUUGUUUAUGUCCUUGUGCGUGUGCCCGUGUUUGUGUGCUCUGCGUGCUCAUUUCUUUGUGCUCCGUGUCUGUACUCUGUGUUGUGUGUCUUUGUUUGCCUUUGAGUCCUUGUGUGCAUGUUGUGUUUUGUAUGUGUUUCUAUGUGCGUGUAUCUGUCUUUUUUGUGUUCAUAGGUGGCAUCCGUUUAGUUUGGGAACCCUACUAAUAUUCUUGAGGCAUAUUUCAUAUGGUUCAAGUGAGGAACAAGCUAUAGUACAGAAUUUUGCACUAUUCUUCACCUCAUUUUACAAGGUAUGUUGUGGGACAUUAUCCUCGGUUUUUAAGUGCUCAUUGGAAGUUUCUAGAAACUGUUGUGAAUUUGUUGUUUGAGUUUAUGCAUGAGACUCAUCCUGCAGUUCAGGUUAUGUUUUCUUACUAUGUUUUCUGUCCUACCUUUUUUUAUAUCCUAAGCUUUGUUGAUGUCCCUAUGCUUGUGCCUUUGUUUGUGUGCUCUACUUGCUCAUUUCUGUGUGCUCUGUGUCUGUACUCUGUGCUGUGUGUCUUGUCCUUGUGCGUGUGCCUCUGUUUGUGUGCUCUGGGUGCUCAUUUCUGUGUGCUCUGUGUCUGUACUCUCUAUUGUGUGUCUUUGUUUGCCAUUGAGUCCUUGUGUGCAUGUUGUGUUUUGUAUGUGUUUCUAUGUGCGUGUCUAUGUCUUUUUUGUGUUCACAGGUGGCAACCCUUCAGUUUGGGAACAAUACUAAUAUUCUUGAGGCAUAUUCAUAUGGUUCAGUUGAGGAACAAGCUAUCAUACAGAAUUUUGCACUGUUCUUCUCCUCAUUUUACAAGGCAGGAAAUUUGCGAUUUAUUAAAUCUCUGUGAAAUCACAACGGGAAAUGAUAACAAAGUUGUUAUUGCACGUAAUAUCAUGUAUGUGUUGGGACACUAUCCUCGAUUUUUAAGAGCUCAUUGGAAGUUUCUAAAAAUUGUUGUGAAUUAUUUGUUUGAGUUUAUGCAUGAGACUCAUCCUGGAGUUCAGGUUAUGUUUUCUUCCUAUGUUUUCUGUCCUACCUUUUCUUAUAUCAUAAGCUUUGUUUAUGUCCCUGUGCGUGUGCCUCUAGUUGUGUGCUCUGCGUGUUCAUUUAUGUGUGCUCUGUGCUUGUACUUUGUGUUGUGUGUCUUUGUUUUCCUUUUUGUCCUUGUGUGCAUGUUUUGUUUUGUAUGUGUUUCUAUGUGCGUGUAUCUGUCUUUUUGGAGUUCACAGGUGGCAGCCCUUCAGUCUGGUACCACUACUAAUAUUCUUGAGGCAUAUUCAUAUGGUUCAAGUGAGGAACAAGCUAUCAUACAGAAUUUUGCACUAUUUUUCACCUCAUUUUACAAGGCAGGUUCACAUUUGAAUUCUGGAAUCCAGUAAAGAGAAUACAUCUGCUUUGCUUUUGUGUCUUGAAUAUCUUAUCAACCUCUCAUAUGUAGAUGAUACCGAGGAUUUUAAGGAAAUUUGCGAUUUAUUAAAUCUCUGUGAAAUCACAAUGGGAAAAGA